GUAGAGAAGAUUACAGAGAUACAAUAAAGUGCAAGUCAGUGGCUUUUACAUUCUUGCCCAGCUACAGUAGCUCUGAGCCACUGCUGUUGUUUACGCAUUGCUUUUGAAACUUGACUGAGGGACAUAGGCUAUCAGGAUGGUUGGCUGGAUAUGGAUCGCUUUCCUUGUAAGCUCCAGUUUCAGCAGUACGGUCUGUUUCCCGCUAGGAAGUUCCUAUAUAAACUGCGAAACAGGAACAAAUGAUUUUUUGGGGAAAAAAGAUGAAGGAUACGCAGGGAACAUCGAUGUUAUGAAAGGGGUUCCACAGAAUGAUACCAUUGUUCUGGAGCCAUACACGUAUCCAUCCCACCUCGAGUUUCUGGAACUGAACUUCACAACUGGAAAUGCAUCUAUCGCAGUGGUUCAGACGAGAAAACCUCUGGAUGCAGAGGCACUGAAAGAUGCAAAAGGUGUUCUGUACUAUACCAUAGGCUGUGUAAAGAGUGGGAGGAAAAAUCUACGUUUACUCCAGGUCAAUAAUAUCAACGACAAUCCACCGGUCUUUGAAAAACAAGAAUACAGGGUUAAUGUGUCAGAGACCCUUGCUGUUGGUUCCUUGGUUCUCACACUCAAGGCUGUGGAUGCAGACGUCUCUCCCGCCAACAGCAAAGUCAUAUACUCUCUACUGCCACCUGUUCCAAGUACAUUUGAGCUGAGAGAAGAUGGAUCGAUAGUUCUCUCAGAGUCUUUGGACUACAACAGUAUCACCUCCCACAAGUUUACUGUGGAAGCAAGUGAUGAGGAAGGCCUCUCAAGCACAACAGAGGUGAUCAUUGACGUCCAGGAUUUUGACAACCUGAACCCAUAUUUUCAACACAAUCUCUAUGAGACGACAGUGCAGGAGAACUGGAUGGGGUCAGUCCCUAGUGUGCACCCAGAGGCAAUAAAGGCUUUGGAUGGUGACAGAGGCAUCAACGAAACCUUAGCCUACAGUAUAUCAUCAGUGUCUCCAAGCAAGUAUCAGAGCAACUUUCUUAUUGACUUUAACACCGGAGUUAUUGCUGUGGUGCAGUGGCUCGACAGAGAGGAAGUCGGCUCAGUAUUACUGGGUAUAAAGGCUUCUCAGCAAGAUGACAGCCAGAAGACAGCAGACAGCACGCUCUUGGUUCAUAUUGGGGAUGCAGCCGAGGCGCCUGUGUUUUCUAAUGACACGUAUGCAGCACAGAUUUUCAACAUCGCUCCAUACAAGUACCCUGUCGUAAAGCUCAAGGCCACAGACCCCGAUGUAGGGGAGACAGAGACACUAAGAUACUCCCUGGUGGAGCCCAGCUCCAUGUUUGAUGUAGAGCCCUCUAGUGGUCAGGUGUAUGUAGUGUCGGCUGUAGGUGAGAGUGGGAAGGUGAGCCUGCAGGUGAAGGCAACAGACAUCCUGGGGCUUUAUGACAUCACUACAGUGGAGGUCACUGUCAUAGAGAGCGGCAGCAGCAAUGUAGCCGUUCUGUCGCUGAACAUGGCGGUCAACACGGUAGAGGACAACGCCCCCCAAGUGGAAGAGUCUCUGGGCAGGGCGCUGGGAUGGACUGUGAGGAUUAUGAGUGUGACUAGCGAUGCCGAGCUCUUUCAGAGAGAAGUCCAGCCAAAAACAUAUGUCAGUUUCAUUGCCAUGGAGCCCGACAGCACAGCAGUCCUGCCUAAAGAGGAGGUCAAAGAGCGGCUGCAGAGUGAGGGGGAGAGUGUGAGGACUGAACUGGGGAAGGUGUUUGGCCCUGGGCUGGUGGUCAGUGUGGAGGAGGGCUCCACAGGCGCAGGUCUCCGCUCAGACAACCAGGUCACCGUCAUCACCCUGGGGGCCUUCCUGGCUCUAUUCAUGGCCCUGGUCCCCGUCUCUGUGCUACUAACAAGACGCUUCUCCAAAGGAAAUGGCAAUGAAAGGGCUUCACUGACUUUGGAGACGAAUGACAUGUUGACUCGAAUGUGAUGGAAACACCUGAUGUGAUGUUGUUGUAACCUUCAAAACACAUUUGUUUGUAUCUUACACCAUUUCUAUUAAGAGUAAACCUCUGUUGGAAAUCUGUCAGUAAAUGUACUUGUUUUACAAACUA